AAUUUUGGUACUGUCUUCUUCUAGCCGAUAUUAUAGAAGGUGUCUGAAACUAUGAAUGUCCUAAUGUGAGGAUAGAAGAAUGCAAGCCUUUAUUGCUUUUGGGUCCUCUUCCUUUUUUCACAAUGCCCCUCAUCAAGCUAAGUCCAAAAGUUUUCUACCUAAAACUUAUUGCUGCAUGAGAGAGCAAAGAAGAAUAAGCCUUAGAACCACUUGGCCUUCCAUUUCACUCACACUUUUGGGUUCAGGUUUCUUCUUGGGUCCCCUUAUUGAUGGACUCCAUUCUAGGGUGAAUCUUGUGGAAUACCAAAGUGGCUCAAUAGAUAUUGGUCCUCUCCACACAGACAUCUGGGUUCCUUUCUUGCUUGGAUCUUUUUAUUGCACUAUUGGAUUGCUUCAACUCUUCUUGGAUGAAAGGGCCUCCUCAAAGAAAUCAAAGGGGACCCCAGAGAAAGCAGCUUUUUCACUGAUAGCACUGGUGCUAUUUAUUGAACUGAGUGCUGUGCUUUAUAAAGCUGGAGUAGCAGACAAUGUAGAGGCCUACAUAUUAUUUGCAGCAGCAGAGUUCAUCUGGUUUUCCCUGGAAAGGACAUGGCUUGGGUUCACCCUAGCAUGCAUUGUUGGAAUUGGUUGCCCACUGGCUGAGAUUCCCUUGAUGAAGUUCUUCCACCUUUGGUAUUAUCCACAAGCAAACAUAGAAAUCUUUGGCCAGGGAUUAGUCAGCUGGACAGUUACGUGCUAUUUUGUUUACACAAUAUUUUUGAUCAAUCUGUCGCGCUGGUUGAAAUCAAUUAAUGCUGCUGCUGCCGUUGACACAGACAAUAAGUCUGCCUAGACAACAUAUGUUUAGUCAGGACUUAGUGCCAUGGCUUGAGCCAAAGUUUAAGAAAAGGCAGCCAAGUCGAACUGAAUAGAGCUAAUGAUGUAAUCUAAUGUGUUUAGUAAGUGAACUAAAUUGUAUUGAUCUACCAUAAAUGAAGCUAUCUUAGAAAAGCAUCUUAUGGAUC